CCCCCACGCCCCCGGCCUUUGCCUUCGCUUUCCUAUUUGCACUCGCGCUCGGGCGUGCUGUUACUUCGGUCUCUGACUGGAGCCUGAGGACGCUAGGAGGGUCUGUCUGUGGGAGACUCAAGACUAUAGGCACUGCCAUGGCCCCUGUGCUUAGCAAGGACGCGGCGGACAUCGAGAGCAUCCUGGCUUUAAAUCCUCGCACACAAAGUCAUGCAAUUCUACGUUCCACUUCGGCCAAGAAAGUAGACAAGAAACACUGGAAAAGAAAUCCUGAUAAGAACUGCUUUAAUUGCGAGAAGCUCGAGAAUAAUUUUGAUGACAUCAAGCACACGACUCUUGGUGAGCGAGGAGCUCUCCGAGAAGCAAUGAGGUGCCUGAAAUGUGCAGAUGCCCCCUGUCAGAAGAGCUGUCCAACUAAUCUAGAUAUUAAAUCAUUCAUCACAAGCAUUGCAAACAAGAACUAUUAUGGAGCUGCUAAGAUGAUUUUUUCUGACAACCCACUUGGUCUCACUUGUGGAAUGGUAUGCCCAACCUCCGAUCUUUGUGUAGGUGGAUGCAAUUUAUAUGCCACUGAAGAGGGACCAAUUAAUAUUGGUGGAUUGCAGCAAUUUGCUACUGAGGCUUUUGUCCUGACUUUCUCUUUUAUGAAUCCUUUGUAAAUGACUUUGAUUCUCUGAGACACCCUUGUGCUCUCUGGGGUCUCCUAUUUGGAAUCAACAAGCAGGUGAAUUCCCAUGUAUCAUUUAAAUGAUCAGCUUAUAUGGAGGUUACAGUAAGAUUUUUUAAUCUUUGGGGUCUAGUUGGCUAGAAGGCUGAAUUAAAUGCUUUUCAACACUAGAUAUUUAGUUAAUGACUUACCUGUCUGGUUUUGUCAACCUAGGCACAAUGUAUUCUUUCCUUUUGGGACCCUUCCCCUAAUAUUCCUCAAGCUUAAGUCUCACAUUGCUUUUAGUAAUAAAUCAGAGUUAUUCCCUUCCUGCUUCCUGACAGGUUAAUUCUAAGGAAGGGCUCCUAGGAAUAAGAAAGUAGAAACAAUUUUAAGGUUGUGAGUUGUCGCAAUAAAUUCUCGGAUUUAAUUCUUUUUCUUUUCAAAAUCAAAAUUGCAUUAGGCUUACCUGACCAUUGCAUGGUAUGAUCUUUACAACCUGUGAAAAUCCUUAGUUGAUGGAGAAGAUUCACUUGAAUUCCUCCCCAUCUUUCUUUGGGGACCCAUUGCCUCUUCAUUAAAUCGGGGCAACCUUGCACAAGAUGCUGUAAGUGAAAGGUCACAUACUUUGUGUAUCAACUAACACAACAUUCCAAAACAAAAUGAAUUCAAAUGAUAUAAUUUGUCAGUGAUUGGGAUAUGAGGGACAGUGAUAGAGAUAGAGAGAGCGAGAGAGAGCGGGGGGGGGGGGAGAGAGAGAGAGAGAGAGAGAGAGAAAGAGAGAGAGAAAGAAAUACUACCCCUCUGGGAACUCUACUCUCUGGGGACAUUAUAUCCCUUUGGGAACUCUUACUUGGUUUUGCCACUGUUCCCAAAGCAGAUUGUAUUUACUUAAGACAGAGUUUUGCAUGUACCCUCAGUGCUGUAUGGAAUUCAUCAGAAACUCACUAAAAUUUGAGAGCGACCCCACAUAGGACUUUCCAUAAAUAUCACCUAAUGAAGAGUUGUGUAUAGAUUAGGACUGCAAUAAAUGCAUUUUAAGCAAAUCAAGGAAUUUAGAAUAGGAAUGUAUCUUCCUACUCCAUUCCAAUUAUACUUUGUAUAACUGUGGUUUCAAUAUCAAAUCAUAAAUAAAAACGUCCCUGUGGGAACUAC